CGCUAUCAGACCUACCUGUGGAAACAACACACCAGGGUGCCAUUCCCAACUCCCAUUCUCUGUUUCUGGGGAUACUUUAGACGCUGCACUGGAAAACAUGUUGUUUUGGCACAAUCAGCCAGAGCCCUACCACCAGCAUUCAACUGCAAGUUAUAUUCGAGAUGCUUUGGCGCCUUUCCUGAAACACGAGGAGGAACGGCACGCAACAGAAAAUGGCGCCAAAUGGUCUCCUUUCCAAUAUGUUCUCUGUGCAGCCACCUCGCCAGCUGUAAAACAGCAAGAAGAAACUCUGACUUAUCUAAACCAAGGUCAGUCCUACGAAAUCCGUAUGCUUAACAGAAAACUAGUGGAGUAUACAGAUAUAAGCAGCAGAUAUGUUAAGGUGACUCCUCAACCCUCUUCUUUCCACUUCGGGGGUUGGGCGGGUGCCAUCUUUGAAGACUUGAGCAUUGUGCGUGUGGUGUUUCAUGACCGGCGCCUGCAGUACACAGAACAUCAGCAGCUGGAGGGUUGGAGAUGGAACAGGCCUGGGGACAGAAUCCUGGAUGUAGAUACCCCCCUCUCUGUGGGUGUCGUCGAGCCUCGUGCUCACCCACUGCAGCUCAACACUAUAGAGUUCCUCUGGGAUCCCGUCAAGAACGCAUCCGUCUUCAUCCAGGUCAACUGCAUUAGCACUGAGUUCACCCCUAGGAAGCAUGGAGGGGAGAAGGGAGUUCCCUUCCGUAUCCAGAUAGACACCUUCACUCAGAACGAACAUGGAGAGUACCUGGAACAUAUGCACUCCUCCAGCUGUCAGGUCAAGGUCUUCAAGCCAAAAGGAGCUGAUCGUAAACUGAAGACUGAUAGGGAAAAGAUUGAUAAAAAGUCCCAUCAAGACAGGGAGAAAUACCAAUCCUCUCAUGAAACCACCAUGCUUACCGAGUGUUCCCCCUGGCCUGAUGCCCCAAAUCUCGGUAGCACUAACAACACUCCUUCCCCAGUCUACCACAGCUCCCCCACCUCAUGUAGCUUUACUGAUGGCAACAGCUCUCCAAUCCAGCAGGGGGAGCUGAUUCUGUCCGGCUGCUCUUCUGAUCACCUUGUGCCAUCGUCCUCACCGCAGGACACGCAGCUGUGGCUUCAGCUUCACAGGUUCUCGCCUUACUGUAGGCUCUUCUCCAGGUUCUCAGACCAGUUUGUAAGUGACUGUGGAUCUUCUGUGAAUGUUGUAGGUGCUGACCUGUUGAAGAUGAGCAGAGAGGACCUGAUCCAAAUCUGUGGUCCGUCAGAUGGCAUCCGGCUGUUCAACACCAUCAAAGGAAGGUGUAUACAGCCCCGCCUCACCAUCUAUGUGUGUCAACAACAAGCCAGGAAUCAACCACAGACAAAGCCCGGGGGGGGAGAGGUGUACCAUGCUCUAUAUCUGGAGGACCUGACACUGGGGGACCUCUCAGAGAAGAUAGCUCUCCUUUACAGUGUAACUCCCCAGCAGAUCAGCCACAUCUACAGACAAGGACCCACAGGGAUACACAUACUGGUCUCUGAUGAGAUGGUGCAGAACUUCACAGAGGAAACCAGCUUUGUUGUCAACACUCUGAAAGAUGAAAAUAAUGAUGGCUACCAUGUUGUGUUGAAGUGACUGGAGGACAGGUCUGGAGUGGAUAGUUUAGAUCCCUGUUCAAGUGUCUGGAACGUAUAGAGCUUGUUGUGGAGUAUUGAAACUUUGUAACAUUAAAUAGUGGAAUUGUAUAUAUUGUUCAUAGCUUAUUCUAUAUAUCAUGUUCCUGUCCAGGCAUUGCAAUAACUCUGAAAAUGUCCUUGAGACAGCUUUUUAGUUGACUUUUUUUAAUGUAUUUUUUUAUUAAGUUAUUGGUUAAUUUUGAUGAGAUGUGUAAUUCGUUCAUAAAGCAUGGUUCAUUACUCCUGCAAAAUGGACAUGUUUAAAAAAAAAAAAAAAAAAAAAGUAAAUAUCAUAAAAAUCUAUUUAAAAUCACUCUUUAAGUUGUUGAAAUGUAUCAUAAAGUGUUGUUCAAAGAAAUCCCAAAUAUACUACAUUAUUGGCAUUCCUUUGUUACGAUCUAUAGUUGUUGAUUUGUUUGAUGUUACAUAUUAGAAGGCAAACAUGACUUUCUGCGGUAUCAGGACAUAUUGUUUCAUAAAGAGUGAGGACCAACUGUUUUCUAGGGGUCACAUUCAAGUAUUCAUUCUGAAACUUCCUUUGAUUUCAUCUUCAAAUGAUAUCUUUCCUAUCCACAUGGUUUAUGUUUAUUCAAUAGUGUUUAGCAAUACUACAGUGUUUCAAAAGUGAUGUAAAGUAUUAACUCUGGUUGCUUCGGGCCACAAUUGCUUUUCCUAUUUUAAACAUUUGAAUUAAAAGAAUCUAGACAAAUAUUUCAACCCCCAGUACAGACUUACAGAUAAGGCAAAUGAACAAAUCAUACAGCUGUAAUAGCUAAGGAUUCUAUCCUGCUUCUGUUAUUUAUCUCCCAUUUAAUGUAACAUUUUAUGUACAGCAUAUCAGUUGUUCCACAUACCUGUACUGAAAUUGAAAUAGCUUGAUAUUGUCCAAUACGUUAAGUAUUACUGCUAAUGCUUGAAUUUUAAUGAAAAAAACUUGACUGCCAUGACUGUGAUGUGAUUUCACUCAACAUAAAGAAUUUUGCACUGCUCUGUA